UGCCCUGGCGUGCCGGCAUUUUGCCAUGUGUCGGCUGGCGAUCUGUGCGUCGCGUACAAGUUUUCCUCGUGCGUCUCCUUGGGUGUUGCUGGCGCAGUGAACUGGCGCGAACGAUUGUUGUCGUUUGGUCAGUGGUCUCCCGUGAAGAUCGUGCUGUCGAGGACCGGAUUCGUCGACGCAGGGUCUGAGCAUGCACUGCAUCAGGCCUAUCUACUGCUACCUCCGGCUGUCUGCCCUGCUGGCUUCAUCGGACAAAACAAGUCGCAGGAAGCUGUACCACGUGCACUGCACUGGGACCACCUGACCAGCACGGUGACGUCGACGGAGACAUCGUGGCUCCCGGAUAAAAGCAGCAGCCUUUUCGAUGUUCCCUUCAGUGGACUUGGAAGCACCGAACGAGCACGGAUGCUGAUCAAAUUUUUUCUGAUCGCACAGCGCCUGUCUCGUGCUUCUGAAAAGAGCUUGCGGUGUUGGCGUGAACAGACAGAGUUCAUCACUUGUGCAUGUGCAACACAUUGGCGGAGGCAAUAUGAACUGCAUUUCUCACUAGCUGGACAAGUCAGAAUGGCAAUGCACCUUGGAGAACAAGACUCGAAUUGUGAAAGUCUGGUGAUUUCACAGAACUUUGUUUUAUGUCAAGAUGGGCUGACACCAUGUCACCUGAUGCUGUCACUCUCUGUUCUAUCUGUGUCCCCUCUCGCCUCGCACAUAAGCGCUGCAGUUUCUUCAGUGCUUCUGAGGGGAGUCACGGAUAAUUGCAGCUGUCAGGUGGCUAAUGUGACAACGGCCAGGGAGCUCCACAGGGCAUUGUGCACAUUCGAUGCGGUGGGGUGAAAACAAGCUUCUCCCAUCUCCUUUCCUCUCUUACUUGUGCCUGUCAUGUAUAUACACACUCUGAACACCCCCCCUCCCCCCCGACGUGGUGUGUGUGACAUCAGCAGCAGUCCACCGCAGCAGCUGGAGUGGGAAAGUCAAAGGAAGAGACAAAGAAAGCUUCACUUUAAAACAAAAUGCGUAAAGGUUUCUAUGCUUACCCAAUGAGGAAACCCGUCCGUCACGUAAGAUGAUUGCUUUCAAGAUAAGGCCCGCAUGAGCGAGCGAAUUGUAAGAUCGGGCCUGCGCAGCCGUGCCAUAAGCAGCGGCCGCUGAUGUACAGUUGAUAAUGGUUUGCAUCGAGAGGAGGCAGCAUCAUUGACCACAUCUACGUAUGACGUCUACCUAACGUGACACUGUUCAAUUACGUCACGUAGAACAGCACGCAUUGGCCAAUGCUCAUCUUCCAUGAAGCAGCAACAUCAUCCAAAUGCACCAUGAUAUAAAAGGAGUGAACAGUGCUACUACUGGCCUCUGCUUCAUACUCAUGCUGGUCUCAGUUUAACAUUUUGGUGUUGCAAAUGCGCUUCUCCAUUUCAUGAUUUUUUUCGUGGCGUUUCUCGCAAUUAUAUUAAAUGCAGCAGCAUAUGACGACAAAACAGUAGGUGAUCAGUCGCAAAUGCUUAUGCAUCAUUUAGAUAACUCCCACAGGAUACUCUGCAUGUAAUUUUAUCUUUUUCCACUUUCAGUAUGCUUCAGCGCUAUGGUAUGCUUGACCGCGUAACCUUGCUAUGUCCAGUGUUUGUGACCCCUUCCCACUGUUGGUAUACUUCAUCACAAUGCUAAGUGCAUGGUUGAAUGCGUAACACCACUGUAUUGGGAUGAAGCUAACUUAUGGGUCUGACAUUACAGUUUUA